ACAAAAGUACGGUAUAAUUCCGUAUGGCCUCUCAAAUUUACGGAGGUCCCAAAAACACCAGUGGGGGGAGUAGAGCACUGUGGCGGCUUUGCGAACGCGCGAUGGACGAUGGCGCAUCCACGAGCGAUCUAGCGCCGCGCCGCGGGAGCUCCUAGGGCGUGGGAAUCUCCCCAGCGAUUGGCGAAUCCAGGUUUUGUUGCUGGCCUCUGGAUCCAUCUAGGUCGAUCCCCGGCGCUGCGAGCUAGGGUUUAGGCAAUGCGCCAGUGCUGCCGCGGGUGAAAUCCAGCGCUCCCGGGGUGGAAAUUUCUCGCGGAUUUUGGGAGCGCCUCCGCCGCGAGGGCGGCAGCGCAGAUCUUCGGGGGGAAAAUGGUGCGGUGGAGGCAAUGUGAGGGCUGGAGAUAGGUGAGCGCGGCUAGGUUCUCCGGGAUUUUGAUGGAGGAUUUGGCUCGCCGCGGCGGCCGCUGGACAGGAUGUGGUGGCGCUGCCUAGAGGCGGCAAUCCGUGGCCAAGGUGAGGAGAAGAACGAGGAGGAGGGUUUUAGCGCUAGGAGCUGGAGAUUAUCACCAUGGAGGUGGAAUCCGCCAGCAUGGGAGCUAUGCUCGAGCAGCCUCAGCAGAUUUCUUCGCAGCCACCGCCACCGCCGCCUCCUCGACCAGCUGCUCCUGUUGUAUCCUCACAGGACGAGCAAAAUCCAGCGUCCCAGCAGGCUCCAGUGCCAGGAACUCCAGACCAGGCACAGCAGCAGUCACAGCAAGCAGCGUUCAUUAGACCUCCCAGGCCGGCUCCCAGCUAUCGGGUAGUGAACGCGAUCAUAGAAAAAAAGGAAGAUGGUCCCGGGCCACGGUGUGGGCAUACUCUCACCUCGGUGGCCGCGGUGGGGGAGCAAGGCACGGCGGGGUAUAUCGGCCCCCGGCUCAUUCUCUUCGGUGGUGCCACCGCUCUCGAGGGGAAUUCCGCCGCAGCUCCGACUCCACCACCCGCUGGAAAUGCUGGCAUAAGUAGGCUGGCUGGAGCGACUGCCGACGUUCACUGCUUUGACAUUAUUUCAAACAAGUGGAGCCGACUUAACGCCGUUGGAGAGCCGCCGUCUCCACGUGCUGCUCAUGCUGCUACAGCGGUUGGGUCGAUGGUUGUGAUUCAAGGUGGCAUCGGGCCCGCUGGAGUUUCUAGUGAAGAUCUUCAUGUUCUUGACCUUACACAAGCAAGACCCAGAUGGCACAGGGUGGUUGUCCAAGGCCCAGGUCCCGGUCCUCGGUACGGACACGUUAUGGCGCUAGUAGGACAGAGAUUUCUCCUUUGUAUUGGAGGGAACGACGGCAAGCGGCCUUUAGCUGACGUGUGGGCUUUAGACACAGCAGCCAAGCCUUACGAAUGGCGAAGGCUAGAACCUGAAGGAGAUGGUCCUCCUCCAUGCAUGUAUGCUACCGCUAGCGCGAGAUCAGAUGGUCUUUUGCUGCUUUGUGGUGGAAGAGAUGCCAGUAGUGUGCCAAUUGCUAACGCGUUUGGUCUUGCCAAACAUCGGGAUGGGAGGUGGGAAUGGGCUAUUGCGCCUGGUGUUUCGCCUUCCCCUCGGUAUCAGCACGCUGCAGUUUUUGUAAAUGCUCGUUUGCAUGUUUCGGGAGGCGCUUUAGGUGGUGGCCGGAUGGUUGAGGAUGGAUCUAGUGUUGCAGUUUUAGAUACCGCAGCUGGAGUUUGGUGUGAUAGAAAAUCUAUUGUCUCGAGUCCUAGAACUGGACGUUAUAGUGCUGAUGCCGCUGGUGGAGAUGCUUCCAGUGAGCUUACAAGACGUUGUCGCCAUGCAGCAGCUGCGGUCGGGGAUCUGAUUUUUUUGUACGGUGGACUCAGAGGAGGUGUUCUUCUCGAUGAUCUAUUGGUUGCGGAGGAUUUGGCGGCAGCAGAGACAACACCGGCAGCGCUACAAGCUGCGGCAAUAGCCGCAACUGCAGCUCCCAAUGCGUCUGUACCUGCUGCAAAGCCUGCAACCGAUGGACAGGGGAAGCCAGCGCCUUCGUCUGACGGGUCUGUUGUGAUGGAAGAACCUGUGGCAGGCCCCGUCAAUGGCGAUAUGACGAUGGACAUAAGUUCCGAAAAUGCAGUUGCUGAUCAUCGGACAUCGAAAGGUGUGGAAUCAUUGGUAGAAGCUUCGGCAGCGGAAGCCGAAGCAAUAAGUGCAACUAUGGCCAAAGUAGCGGCUCUGCGUCAAGCAAAUGGGGAGGUUGGGAGUCCCGAAAGAGAUGGUGGAGCAGAUGCAUCAACCAGUGGAGCCUCUCCUGUAACGAAGGGAGCUAAGAGGGAAAGCUCGACAAUGAAUCACACCCCACAGACUGGCGUGAGACUUUAUCAUCGUGCGGUCGUUGUUGCUGCAGAAUCCGGAGGGAAUUUGGGUGGUAUGGUUAGACAACUAUCUAUUGAUCAGUUUGAAAAUGAAGGGCGCCGAGUAAGCUAUGGCACUCCCGAGAGUGCGAAUGCAGCCAGAAAACUUUUGGACCGAACAACGUCAGAAAUUGGUGUCCAGAAAAAGGUGAUUAAUUAUCUUUUGAAACCACGUGGUUGGAAGCCGCCAGUACGAAGGCAAUUUUUUCUGGACGUUAACGAAAUUUUGGAACUUUGCGAGAAAGCGGAGAGGGUAUUCCAACGGGAGAACACUGUGCUUCAAGUGAGAGCUCCCGUAAAGAUUUUUGGCGAUCUUCAUGGGCAGUUUGGAGAUCUUAUGAGGUUAUUUGAUGAGUACGGGUCUCCUUCAACAGCAGGGGAUAUAACGUAUAUUGACUACCUUUUUUUGGGUGACUACGUUGAUCGUGGUCAACAUAGUCUCGAGACAAUUUCGCUGCUUCUGGCGUUGAAGAUUGACUACCCUCGGAAUGUACAUCUUAUUCGUGGGAAUCAUGAGGCUGCUGACAUCAAUGCGUUGUUUGGGUUUCGCAUUGAGUGCAUCGAGCGCAUGGGUGAGCGCGAGGGAAUAUGGACGUGGCAAAGAAUCAACCAACUCUUCAACUGGUUACCUCUAGCGGCACUGAUAGAGGACAAGAUCAUCUGCAUGCACGGUGGUAUUGGGAGGUCCAUAAAUCACGUGGAGCAAAUCGAGAACCUACAGCGGCCCAUUUCCAUGGAUUCAGGAUCCGUUAUACUGAUGGAUUUGUUAUGGUCUGAUCCGACCGAGAAUGACAGUGUAGAAGGUCUCCGGCCAAAUGCAAGGGGGCCGGGCCUAGUAACAUUCGGACCUGACAGGGUGAUGGAAUUCUGCAAGAACAACAACUUACAACUAAUCGUGCGGGCACACGAGUGCGUGAUGGACGGGUUUGAGCGAUUUGCACAGGGGCACUUGAUCACUCUAUUCUCUGCCACGAACUACUGCGGCACAGCAAAUAACGCUGGGGCGAUUUUGGUUCUUGGCAGAGACCUGGUUGUUGUGCCAAAGCUGAUCCAUCCUCUUCCUCCCGCCGUCACGUCCCCCGAGUCGUCCCCGGAGCAUCAACUCGAAGAUACAUGGAUGCACGAACUUAACGUCCAAAGGCCUCCAACGCCGACGAGGGGCCGGCCUCACCCCGCCGGAAACGAGCGUUCAGUGGCAGCGUGGAUUUGAUGUGAUUGUGGAAAUGGGAGCGCCUCUCUUCCCUGAGGUAGUGUUUUUCGUAAAAAGAGAUUAAAAAGGAAAAACAAAAAAGAGCAUUCAUUCUUUAGAGACAGGCAGUAGUGUACAUUAAGACAGCAGCAGCAGCAGUCGUGUAAAUUGGAAAAAGAAGAAAAACAAGGAAAAAAUAAGAGAGGAUUGUAACCGAGGAUUAUAGUGACUUUUAAAAGGAAUCAUUGCAGAAAAACAAGGAAAAAAUAAGAGAGGAUUGUAACUGAGGAUUAUAGUGACUUUUAAAAGGAAUCAUUGCAG